CAACUAUUGGACAACCUUCGCAGCCCCCAACUUUAUCUUUAAGCUUUGACAAAUAUUCAACCCUCAAAGUGCUCAUCCUCCUAAAUCCAUUCUCCCUCUUUACCCAAUCUCUCCCUAUAUAAAUCACUACCUACUUCUUAUUCCAAACCAAAACAAGAAUUAGGUGUUGUAAUAUGGAGACGAUGAGUGUUCAAUUUAUGAGAUGUUUAUCGGAUAGUGAUUCCUAUGGAAGUGAAGAAGAGAUGGCAAUUAAGAAAGGGCCAUGGACAGAGGAAGAAGAUUCCGUUCUGAUCAACUAUGUCAACGUCCACGGUGAAGGUCACUGGAACUCCCUCGCUCGUUCUGCAGGUCUAAAGAGAACGGGCAAAAGCUGCAGACUAAGAUGGUUGAACUACUUGCGUCCAAAUGUUCGACGUGGGAACAUCACCCUUCAAGAACAGCUCUUGAUUCUCGACCUCCAUUCUCGCUGGGGCAAUCGGUGGGCGAAAAUAGCAGAACAAUUGCCCGGGAGAACAGACAAUGAGAUAAAGAACUAUUGGAGGACGAGGGUGGUGAAGCAGGCUAAGCAACUCAAAUGUGAUGUAAACAGCAAACAGUUCAGAGACGCUGUGCGUUUCGUUUGGAUGCCACGCCUUAUGGAGCGGAUUCAGGCUGCUUCUUCUUCUUCUUCUUCUUCUUCCUAUGCCCACGACAAAACCAACUUGUGCAACACUAAGGCCCAAAAUGAAUCUAGUGGGGCCAAGCCCAUUACCUUUUGUGACAACUCAGUUGUGGUUUCAUCGUACUCAUCAGGGGUUGGUCUCUCUGAUACAAGUACAACUUCAUCUUGCAAUUUAAUGGGUGAUGGUAGCUUGUCAAUGGAUUGUGCAGAAAAGGGGUCCAUGUCUUCCACCCUAUGGCAGCAGUGGGACUACUCUGAUCUCCAAGCAUCUGAACCAGCCAAUGGCUUUGGUGAUGCAGACUUGUGGACCGAUGAAAACAUAAGCUUCUUGCAGCAGUAUCUUGCUCAUGAUUUUUGAGCCACAUUUUCAAUUUACACUAGGCAUUAUAAUUAGAGCUUAAUUGAUUUUCAUGCAUUAAUGGUGUAAAAUGUUUUACACAAUUAUCUAACGUUAACAUAUAGAAUUAUAUGUGAUUGGAUCUUCAUGUAAAAUCUCAUUAUACCACGAUAGUGUAUACACUAUUGAAUGACAUUUAUUUGAUAAUUGA